AUGAAGGACCUCCCUACAUGGAUUUCCAGACAUGCAUUGGCUAAAGGUAAAUCUUGCCUCUCAUGUUCCUCAGGUGGCAGUGGCCAGUUGGUACAAAUGGACAGCGACAUGUCGGGCUAUGUGGGCUCGCAGGUGGAGCUGCGCUGCUGUUUCAUCAACAGCAACCCACCCGUAAAGGUCUCUCAGGUCACCUGGCAGAGGGUCCUCAAUGGGACCAAGCAGAAUGUGGCCAUCGCCAACCCCUCCCUGGGUGUGUCUGUGCUGCCUUCCUUCAACGAGCGUGUGAGAUUUAAGAGCCCAGCUGUGCGCCAAAGGAUGCCGUCCCUAGAGGACACCACCAUUGUCCUCAACAACUUGAGACUGACCGAUGAGGCCACCUAUAUCUUCCUUCAUUACAAUCAUGCAGCUCGACCUAGGGUCCGGAUCACCCUAACCAAACCCACAAUAGUGGCGGGCCCUAAAGCUCAGAAAAUGACUGUGGCCACAUGUAUCUCAGCUAAUGGGAAGCCAGCCAGCAUGAUCACAUGGGAGAGCGAGCUGAAUGGAGAAGCCAGUACUCAGGAGAUCCUGAAUGCUGAUGGCACGAUCACAUUACGCAGUGACUACAUAGUGGUGCCCAGUAGAGCAACCCAUCAGCAGCAAGUCACCUGCAUCUUCACCUACAAUGACGAACAGUACACAGACAGCGUCUCCCUCAACAUACAGUAUGAGCCGGAAGUGAUCACUGAGGGCUUUGAAGGGAACUGGUAUAUAAACCGAAAGAAUGUUCAGCUCACUUGCCUAGCUGAUGCUAACCCAGCCAUCUCUUUCUUUCAGUGGACAUAUCUAAAUAGCUCCAUGCCAAAGUUAGCUGAGUUGCUUGAGGAUGCGCUGAUCUUCAAGGGUGCUGUAAGCUAUGAGCUAGCAGGCACCUACCUCUGGAAUGGCACCAACAGCAUUGGCACAGGCUCAGCUUCAGUAGAGGUCACUGUAACAGAAUUCCCUCAUCUCUUGCAUGGGGUGUCUCAGGAAAAGCUGCGAGCAGGGGCUGCCAUUGCUGGAGCUGUUGUGUGUGGUUUGGUGAUGCUGGCAGCUGUCACAUUGCUGGCAGUAUUCUUCAAUCACCACAGACACACAUUUAAAGGAGAUUAUAACACCAGGAAACAGGUCCUGGGCAAUGGCUUCAGCAAAGCUGCCAGCUUGCCAUCAUUUCCCUCUCUGCUUCAAAGCCUGAUCUACCAUUUGGGUGAUGAAAAGAAGUCAGAACUAUAUGGAAACGUAUGGUUAGAUGAACACAUUCAGGAGUUCCAUAUGUACCCUGAAAGCAGGAUGAAGGCCUACAGCACAGUGGAAGAAAACAAAGCUUUUAGAUAUGAUGAACAGAGCUAUCUGUAUAAUUGUGGAGCUGAAAUGGAAAUCUCAGUGGAUAUGGUUCCUCAAAUGGACGGUUCUAUCCUCUCCAAAGAGGAGUGGUAUGUGUGA